GCUUUGCGCAGACGUGCUGGCGUUUCACCAUCUGCCAAGUGACGAGGGCGUAGCUGUUGUAGCGCGGCAGGGUGCGUAGUACGCAGGCGCUCCCUACCCUUCCCCCCCGGCACGUGACGAGGCACUAAGAGCUGUCACGUGAGGCAGGCAGAGAGCACGCGGGCGGGGUAGGGUUUGGCGGCGCUCGGCGAGGACCAAAGUAAGGCUGCAGACCCGGCAAAACCCAAUUGGGUUGGACAGCCAUGCCCAAGUACUGCCGGGCUCCGAACUGCUCCAACACUGCGGGCCAGCUGGGCGCGGACAACCGCCCGGUGAGCUUCUACAAGUUCCCACUGAAGGAUGGCCCCCGGCUGCAGGCCUGGUUGAGGCACAUGGGCCGGGAGCACUGGGUGCCCAGUUGCCAUCAGCACCUGUGCAGCGAGCACUUCGCCCCCUCCUGCUUCCAGUGGCGCUGGGGUGUGCGCUACCUACGGCCAGAUGCUGUGCCCUCCAUUUUCUCCCGGGCGCCGCCCGCCAAGAGGCAGCAGAAUGCUCGGAGCGCCGAGAAACCAGUCCUGCCUGCGCCUCCGCAGGAGGCCACGUCCAAGUCCCCUGGCUCAGCGGUCCCAGCGUCUGGCCCUGUACACCUUGUGGUGCUGGGGCCAGCAUCCGGAGGCCCCGAGGCCCCCGCCACCGUGUUCCUGACGCCCCUGCCGGCUCCCAAGGGGCCGCGCCCUGGAGUCUCGGCCCAGCACCCCCGGGCGGGGCUGGGCGCGGCGCUGGGAGCGCUGCAGCGGCGGGUGCGGCGGCUCCAGCGGCGCCACGAGCGGCACCAGGCGCAGCUGCGGGCUCUGGAACAGCUGGCGCAGCAGCUGCGCGCCGAGAGCCUGCUGGCGCGCGCGCUCCGGGGCCUGCUGUGCGCGAUGAAAAAACCAAAGCACAGAGUGGUCCAGUAAUUUGCCCAAAGUCAGUAAGUGGCAGAGCAGGGAUUCAAACCCUGGUGUCUGGCUCCAGAGGAGGCCUGUGCUUUUCUCUUGGAGCGCUCCCUGCCUGGCAGGUAAAGAACUUGAGUUUGCAACUCUAUCCUAGUCUUCCAGGCCAGAUCUAAGGCCCCUUUGCCCCUAUAUUUUACUGCUGAGUAUUUUCCAGGGCUGGGGGUUGGGGGGAUCAUGUGUUUAAAAAUCAAAGUUUAACCAGGCAUGUUCCCUGCUUCAAACUCCAGGGUCAAGCUUGAGGUCCCAGGUCCCAGGUCCCAGGUUCCUGCCGGGACAAGGGAGGUGGGAGGGGGUUUCAGAAAGCCCCUGAGGUCCCUUGGUAGCUGACACCAGUGGGUUGGACCUAGCCCACAGACAUGAAUUAUUUGGCCUCUACAAUGCUUUAAAAUAUUUUCUGGUCUUUCCUGAAGGCUCAGCAGACCUAGCAGCAGGGGGUUCCUAUCCCCAGAUAGUAGCAGUCAGCUGGAGCUGCAGUGGCUGCCCCUGGAGACCGGGGCCUGAACCAUGCUGGGGCACAAGAGGGACACACAGUGGGGCGAGGACAGAACUCAGACCCAGGCCUGGGGCUCUUCACCGAGCCUGCUGGGGCCCCUGGGCUGACAGCGUCUUUCUCUGCCUCCCCUGCCCCCAUUCCAUCCCUGUCUCCCCAAUCUCUUCCUCUCUCCCCCACAUUCACCUUUGUCUUUCUGCCCCCCCAUCUCUCUGUCAUCCAUUUAUCUUCCCCCUUCCCCAUGUCUCUCUUCUUCUGUAUCUUUGUCUCAUAUCUAUGUCCCUGUCUCUCUGUGCCUACAUUUCUCCCAUGCCCCAUAUCUCUCUCUCCCUGUCUUUGUCCCCCCACAUCUCUCUCCCUGUUUUCCCACACCCCUUAAUUCCCUCCUGAGUGUCUCUCUGAUUCUCACAUCUCUUUCCUCACAUCUCUUCUGUUUCCUGACACCCUCCCUUCCACCUCUACCUCUCUGUUUCUCACCACUUCUCCCCCUGCCAAACCUUUUCCUUCCCUCCUUCCCUCCUCUCACUCCCCUCGUUCCCCUGUGUCCUCCAUCUCUACCACUUCUUUGCCUGGACGGCCUAGCACCCUGGACCUGAGGAAUCCGAAGCCUUCACCAUCAUCUGUGGAGGGCCCGACAUAGCUGUGGUCCUUGCCCAAGGUCCUGCACCUCCCACACUGGACACCAAGCCUGAGCUCCUGGACACUCAGACUCCCAGUGUAUAAGCA